AAAUUAUUAUACGUAGAUAAAUAUUAUUAUGGUUUUAAAGCUCUUACUACUAUUAAAUUUUCUAUUCUUAACAACACUAAAUUCCAGAAUAAAGGAAAUAUUUCAUAUAAAAGAAACAAAAUUUUUAUUGUCAAACAAUGAUGCUAAAAAUGAGAGCCAGUAUUUAAACCAAGUAAAUGCUAUGCCAGUUACUUUAGAAAGAUGGAAAAAUAAAUUAUUUUUAGUUACACCUAGAUUCAAACAAAAUAUUCCUGCUACUCUUUCUUAUUUAGAUAUUACAAAUUUGAAAACUAUGGGAAAUUAUACGCCAAUUUUUAUUCCAUAUCCAAAUCAAAAUGUUCAUGAUAUUUCAUCACAUAAUCUAACUUCAGUGGUUAUAGUUCGAGCUGAUGUGUGUGAUCGUUUAUGGAUACUUGAUAGUGGAAAAAUUAAUAAUAAUCGUGAAAUAGCCUCAUCUAUACAUAUUUAUGAUUUGAGAACUGAUACACAUUUAAGAACUUUUAGUUUAGAAUCUUUAUCAAAUACUAACUCAGAUUUUAGUAAUAUAAUCAUAGAUGUAACUUCUUCAACUUGUGAAGAUGCUUAUGCAUAUGUACCCGAUAGUGACACAUAUAGAUUAAUAGUGUAUCGUUGGAAAACUAAUGAUUCAAAUGCAAUAUCACAUAACUAUUUUCAUUUUGAUCCAAUUUAUGGUGAUUUCAAUUUUGGAAGUGUUCAUUAUCAAUCUCAGAAAGGUUUAUAUGGAAUAUCUCUAUCUCCAGUGGAAAGAGAUAGUUAUCGAACAGUAUAUUUUCAUAGUAUAGCCAGUACAAUGGGAUUUACAGUCAGCUCAAAAAUACUUCAAGAUUGGAAAUAUGACCAAAACAAAGAUGUAUAUGAAUUUAAAGUUAUGGGAUCAAGAGGAAUGAACAAACAAGCAAAAUCAUCUACACUUGAUAUGGAAACAGGAGUUUUAUUCUAUGGUCUUGUUUUAAAAAAUAUUAUAGGAUGUUGGAAUUCUUAUAGCGGAGAAGAGUAUAAUGAACAUACUCAAAGUAAUAUAAUUUUAGACAAUGAUCAAGACUUGUUUCCAUCAGAUGUAAGAGUAGAUAAGACAGGAAAUUUAUGGGUAUUAUCAAAUACAUUACCAAUUUACAUAAAUAAUAAUUUUGACCAAAGUUAUAUAAAUACAAAAAUAUACAUGACUCCUGUUCGGCAAAUUAUAAAAGGAACAGUGUGUGAUGAAAUGUAAAAAUUGUUUAAAUAAAUCAAACCUGUCA